AUGGCAUUCACCGAAGCAUACGGUCCGAGCCUACCAACAUUUGCAGAUUUAAAGAAUCACCUGCGCGAGGAACCACUUUAUCUGCAGGUGUUGGAGAAAUACUUGCGAAACACGGCUAACCUGAUUGAAGAACUGAGGGCGAAGUUGGAGAGUAGUGAGCGUGAAGCUCCUAACGUUGAAGAAGUAGGGGUUCCAAGAGCAGACCUGCGACGCCAGCCAACUCCGCCACCAUCUCGCGAACAAGUAGAAGCGUUCCAUCAAUUUCUGGAGGGACAACGAGAUCUGGAACGGGAAGUAGAAAAUCGAAACCAGUUCGCGCUCCACCUCCUUGAACAACAACAGCAACAACAAGCGGAGUUGCACCAAUAUUUAGAGGAGGAAGAACCAGUACCGGCACUGGUUGACACUCCGGUCAGCCGGGAGGAGGUGGAGGAGAUGGAGGAGAUGGCGGAGUUACGGCAGAUACCGUACGAUGAAAAUGAAGCAGAUUUUAAUGGGACACCAGAAGCGUCGGCAGGAAGUUCAGAACGCGACGAAGUUGAAAGCAUCCGCGAAAUAGUACUGCGUUCUCGGACAAUACGAAUUCCAAUUGUGGAAGAACGACCAGUAGCCCCGGAAGCUUUCCACGCGCCGGAAGUGGAGGGAUUACCGGCACAAUAUCAACAGCUGCUGGUGACGCCACCAAUUGACCCGUACAUUGUGAUUCGAAAUGCUGACGGGUCAACCACAAUUGAGUGUGGCAUGUGUCCGAAAGAAUUUGGAACCUUAAAGGGAUGGCGAAUCCACGCUAGCAAAGUGCAUAGACAAAGUGGUAAGCGUUCUCGGACAAUACGAAUUCCAAUUGUGGAAGAACGACCAGUAGCCCCGGAAGCUUUCCACGCGCCGGAAGUGGAGGGAUUACCGGCACAAUAUCAACAGCUGCUGGUGACGCCACCAAUUGACCCGUACAUCGUGAUUCGAAAUGCUGACGGGUCAACCACAAUUGAGUGUGGCAUGUGUCCGAAAGAAUUUGGAACCUUAAAGGGAUGGCGAAUCCACGCUAGCAAAGUGCAUAGACAAAGUGGCUUUUGCCAGAAAUGCGGCCACUUCAUUGAUAUGCCGCAUGUCAGCUCUGAUGCCGAAAUUACAGCCACGAUGGAGCUCCAUUCUUUGGAAUGGUGCCCAAAGGCCACAAAGGCUGUCAUUAAUGAUAGAGCUAUUAAACGACGAAGGCUUGAAUUAGUGGGUAGAAACGAAGAGGCCCAACACUACUACAUUCCUGGUUAG